AAUUCCCGCAUUUCAUUCCGGUGCAGAAUUCUGCAAUGUUGCAGACGUGGUCGGGAAUCUGUAAAUUGGAGAACGCAAUGAUAGUGUUCGUGCGCUUAAAAGUGUUUAUAUGUUUGUAUUGGGGUGGUUUGUUCCUCCUAUUAGCGGGUCUCCAUCAGACUGAAGGAGCAAGCACAGAGAUGACCAACAUGAACUGGAAACCAUUUAUCUACGGGGGGAUGGCCUCCAUCGUCGCAGAGUUUGGCACCUUCCCGAUCGACCUGACAAAGACGCGGCUCCAGGUUCAGGGCCAGACCCAGUGUAUGGAGAUCCGGUACCGGGGCAUGUUCCACGCCCUGCUGAGGAUCGGGCGAGAGGAGGGUGUCCGAGCGCUGUACUCGGGGAUUUCUCCAGCACUCCUGAGACAGGCCUCUUAUGGCACCAUCAAGAUCGGCACCUAUAACACUCUGAAGAAGCUGUUCGUGAGCAGACCAGAAGAUGAGACCAUGGUCAUCAAUGUGUUUUGUGGGGUUCUGUCUGGAGUCUUGUCGUCCUCUUUGGCCAACCCUACCGAUGUUCUAAAGAUCCGCAUGCAGGCUCAGGGCAGUCUCCUCCAGGGCAGCAUGAUGGCCAACUUCAUCAACAUCUACCAGCAGGAGGGGACCCGAGGGCUAUGGAGGGGUGUCAUCCCCACUGCACAGAGGGCAGCUAUUGUGGUGGGCGUGGAGCUUCCUGUCUAUGACAUCACCAAGAAACACCUGAUUCUGUCCGGCCUCAUGGGAGAUACCAUAUAUACACACUUCAUUUCCAGUUUCACAUGCGGCCUAGCAGGGGCGCUGGCCUCCAAUCCGGUGGACGUGGUGCGGACCCGCAUGAUGAACCAGCGCGUGCUGGCAGGGAGCCCCCUGUACAAGGGCACUCUGGACGGACUGAUGAAGACCUGGAGGAACGAGGGCUUCUUCGCGCUCUACAAGGGAUUCUGGCCCAACUGGCUACGUCUGGGCCCCUGGAACAUCAUUUUCUUCAUCACCUAUGAGCAGCUGAAGAAGCUUCCAUUAUAGCCAGGAUUUGGAAGAGGAUACUUCACUGGACCAGAG